AUGACAGGUACGGCGACACCACCUCAGGCACGACGACAGCACCUCAGGCACGGCGACACCACCUCAGGCACGGCGACAGCACCUCAGGCACGGCGACACCACCUCAGGCACGGCGACAGCACUUCAGGCACGGCAACAACACCUCAGGCACGGCAACAGCACCUCAGGCACGGCGACAGCACCUCAGGUACGGCGACAGCACCUCAGGCACGGCAACAACACCUCAGGCACGGCGACAACACUUCAGGCACGGCAACAGCACCUCAGGCACGGCAACAGCACCUCAGGCACGGCGACAGCACCUCAGGCACGGCGACAGCACCUCAGGCACGGCGACAGCACCUCAGGCACGGCAACAGCACCUCAGGCACGGCGACAGCACCUCAGGCACGGCGACAGCACCUCAGGCACGGCAACAGCACCUCAGGCACGGCGACAGCACCUCAGGCACGGCGACAGCACCUCAGGCACGGCAACAACACCUCAGGCACGGCGACAGCACCUCAGGCACGGCAACAACACCUCAGGCACGGCGACAGCACCUCAGGCACGGCGACAGCACCUCAGGCACGGCGACAGUACCUCAGGCACGGCAACAGCACCUCAGGCACGGCGACAGCACCUCAGGCACGGCGACAGCACCUCAGGCACGGCUACAGCACCUCAGGCACGGCGACAGCACCUCAGGCACGGCGACAGCACCUCAGGCACGGCAACAACACCUCAGGCACGGCGACAGCACCUCAGGCACGGCGACAGCACCUCAGGCACGGCAACAACACUUCAGGCACGGCGACAGCACCUCAGGCACGGCGACAACACUUCAGGCACGGCAACAGCACCUCAGGCACGGCGACAGCACCUCAGGCACGGCAACAGCACCUCAUGCACGGCGACAACACUUCAGGCACGGCAACAGCACCUCAGGCACGGCAACAGCACCUCAGGCACGGCGACAGCACCUCAGGCACGGCAACAGCACCUCAGGCACGGCGACAACACUUCAGGCACGGCAACAGCACCUCAGGCACGGCGACAGCACCUCAGGCACGGCAACAACACUUCAGGCACGGCGACAGCACCUCAGGCACGGCAACAACACUUCAGGCACGGCAACAGCACCUCAGGCACGGCAACAACACUUCAGGCACGGCAACAGCACCUCAGGCACGGCAACAACACUUCAGGCAAUAA